AUGUACAGCGCCGUGGUCGCUAGCCUCCUGACGUUCCUCCUGACGGGCGCGAUUGCUGAGGAGUGUGCCCCGCUGGAGACUCAGCUCUUUCAGGCCGCUCUCGCUGCUAAUGCGUCUGCAGAUCGUCACUCCCGCCGAGGAAAAGGGCGCGCACGCGCCCGCGAACAGUGCACAGUCUGCCCAGAUGUCCAGAUCUUCAACGACUGCCCAGGGAACGGCCCAGGAACUUGUGCCAGCGCAGGGACACAUGGUGGCGGAUCUCCUGGCUGCGAGUGGUGCCCCCUCAAGAACGAGUGCCGCGUGAAGUGCACGUGCCACGACGAUUCUCCCCCCGCGCGUUCUUUGUUUGAGGAUUGCAAUUAUUCGGCGGGGGUAGCGACGCAGACGGUGUCGUACUGGCCUCCCGUGUUGGCCCCUUCUUACACCAGCUACUAUCCAGAGUGCGAGUGCGAAUCGUCAGGCCAGGACGACCCGCACAUGACCAACAUGUACGGCCAGCGCUUCGACCUGAUGCAGCCCGGCGUUCACGUCCUCCUGCGCAUCCCACAGUUCGCCAAGAAGGCGCUGCUCCGCGUGGACGCCAAGGCAACGCACCUUGGCGCCAAAUGCGAGGACAUGUAUUUCACCGCUGUGAACUUUACGGGGACGUGGGUUGUGGGCAGGCGAGGCGUCGGCCGCAGUGGUGUGCAGUUCUUGGCCGGAGAGGACAGCGAUCCCUCGAAGAACGGCUGGUGGCACUUCAAGAACGUGGGCCUCAAGGUGGUCCACAGCCGCGCGCAAGCAGGCCCCUACCUAAACUUCCAUGCCAAGCACCUCAGGAAUGCUGGAUACGCUGUCGGUGGGCUGCUUGGAGGAGACGAUCACACCGAGGCCGCAACGAAGAGCCCAAGCUGCAGGAAGACUCUGAGUCUUCUCCAGGUGGGUGAUGGAAUUGGGCUUUCGGGCCCAGAAGGGUUCUCGGGCUCCAAGGCAGAUGCUAGCCUGUAG